AAUUUUUAUCAUAUUUUUAAAUCAUAAAGUGUUUUUAAUAUUUAAAAUUUUUGGAUAUAUAAAAUUUGUUGAAUCGAAUUUUAUAAAAUGCAUAUUACAGUAUAGCAUGGACCACUUCUUACGAAAUUCGAUAGGCUUAUUUCAUGGACGGAUAACAUUGUUACAUCAUGUAGGUCCCUGUAGGAAAUAAAAUAGUCGGUUGAUAAAAUAACUAUUUUGCAAAUGACUAUAAAUUGGUUUAAAUCUCAUGCAGAUAUCAACCAAACAUAAAAUUUAAAAAAAUAUGAAAACAAAAGAAGUAUGCCAUGAAAUCAAAUGUCAAUCAAAGCGAACAAAGUCUUUUAUGUGGUACUCAAUUUUAAUAAAAAAUAACGAGAAAAAACAAUUAAAUAUAACUGCCUUAUGCAAAGUUAAAGUCAACAAUGGUUUACUACACACUUUUUCCAAAUAAAAACAGAUAAUAAUUCAAAAUUGAAAGAUUGAGCUUACGGACUAUAGGAAUAAAUGUAACAACAAUAUAAUGAUGGUGUACCCUGAUGAGCCUUUUUGGGCGUUACCAACUGUACCAGGAUUAUAUGAUGACAAUGACUAUCGAGUUAAUGUUGUUGAAGCUUUACAAGAGUUUUGGCAAAUAAAACUUGCACGAGGGGCUGAUUUAAAGAAUGGAGCACUUGUCAUAUAUGAAUCUGUUCCAUCAAACAGUCAACCCUAUGUUUGCUAUGUAACUUUACCGGGAGGAAGUUGCUUCGGAAGUUUUCAGAAUUGUCCGACAAAAGCAGAAGCUAGAAGAAGCUCUGCUAAAAUUGCCUUAAUGAACUCUGUAUUCAAUGAACACCCUUCUCGAAGAAUAACAGAUGAAUUUAUUGAAAAGGCAGUUCAGGAUGCCUGGACCUCAUUUAAAGGAAAUUUAAAAGAAAAUGAUGCACCAGAUACUGGCAUUGGAGCCUUUAGAUUUAUGCUAGAAUCCAAUAAAGGUCGUACUAUGUUGGAGUUUCAGGAGCUCAUGACAGUUUUUCAACUAUUACACUGGAAUGGUUCACUCAAAGCUAUGCGAGAACGUCAGUGCUCACGUCAAGAGGUAGUGGCGCAUUAUUCAAAUAGAAGUCUUGAUGACGAUAUGCGCGCACAGAUGGCUUUGGAUUGGAUUGCUCGAGAGCAAGAAAAUCCUGGCGCUCUAGGUCAUGAAUUAGCACAAGCGGAGAGGGAGUUAGAUACAGCUAGACUAGCAGGACGGGAAUUAAGAUUCCCAAAAGAAAAAAAGGACAUUUUAUUAUUGGCGCACAACCAGCUGGGUGGAAACGUUAAUAUAAAUAACUCCGGCUUAAAUUGUUAAGCUGGACAACAUCAAAUAUUAUACACAUUUUUUAUAAUACUUACAGAGAAUCAAUAAGUUUUAAAAAUUGCUUUCUAUUGAUAAAUCAUUUUCAAAAAAGGUGGAAAGUAAAUUUAUAUUUUUUAAUUCAAAUAAGUAUACAUCCAAGAAUAAAAUAGUGAAAUAUAAA